UUCCAGUAGCGCACCGCAGAAGGAACGCGGUGGCGAAAGCAGUCCGCUGAUGGAGCCUUUUUGCUUGAUGGAGUGAGUGUUUAACCGGUGAUACCUGUUGUUUUGUGUUUCUGAUAAUCUGAUGUGAUUUUGGUUCAUGUUGGACGCUUGACAGAAACUGUGUGUGGCAAGAUGUAGAUAAAGAUGUGUUUGGUUCGUGUCUGAAAUGGUUCGGACCGGUUCGGUUGUAUGUGGAAUGAGAUGGGACGUAACUUCUAGUUGAUCAUUGUUUACUCUUUGGUGUUCAUGAUUACAUAAUAUUUCUUUCUCAUUUAAAUGUGCGAAUAUCGCAAUUGUGAAGUGUACUUAUGUGCGUCAUAACCUAAAAAGGACAAAUAUUUUCCAUGCAUAAUUUUCGAAAAGCAAGUUUCUUAAUGCUGUGUAUGAGCGGUGUAUAAUCAACCAAACAUGGCUUACGUAAUUUGGCGCGUGUUUAUGAAGAAGUACGCCAAAAUACGUCUUGGAAUACGACGCAAUGCUCCGGUCAACCCCACCGAGAAUCCUGUUGACACCAACGUUGGCAAAUGGGAACAGAAGGAUACCACUCUGCCUUCUCAGCAAACAGCUAUCGGUUCGGCACCGGAACACGACACGUCUGAGGACACGGUUGGUCCGCCAGACUUACCUGGUAAUCCGUGUACACGGAAGUCCAGUAAGGCCAAAAGAGUGAAAAAUUACUUGAAGAAAUGCAAGGAUGCUGCAUUGGGUAACUCCAGCAGCGCUCAUACUGAAGGACAUGAGCAUGCCGUAGUCACAACAACGGAACGGGAUAAACGUGACGGGUCGCGGGUUCGAAACUCAAAGAGACGUAGUAAUAGUGGGAACAGAGAAGUGUCUAGUACAUCGUGGUAUGUUGCGCCUAACCUUGAUCCCCCGCCCAACCUUGUGUCUGUUGUGGAAGUGCUGCCCCCAGAACAGACAGAUGGAACUGGCUCUGAUGGCACUAAUAACACUGUACACGUAUCUGUUUCGAUGGAGACAGAACAAAGGAAAGUCACUUCUGCCUCUCGUUCAAGCCAGGAUGGACCAGGCGAUGUUUUAGAUUCGCGAAAUGAAGGCGGAACAAAUGUCGAAUUUCUGGAGGCACGAGAUGGACGUGCGCCUUCCGGUUGUGCUGCAGAAGACGUGGGUGACGCGCAUGCGUCGCUGUGUGCUCCCACUCCAUCCGAUUCUACUGACGCAGUGCGUAACGCACCGGAAGCACCAGAGAGUAAAUGUGAUGUGGCGAGCCUUGUGGAGCGGUAUUUAGGCCCUUUCUACCCGAACUUCCAGCGAGUUCGUCCCAUUCUGGUGCGACAAGCCCGCGAUCUGUUAGUGUGCACUUUCCAUGGCAACCUGCUUCAGUUUGAGCACGACUUCUGUAUUCCAGCCUCCGAGUUGCUUCAUGCAGUCAGAGACAUCGCCAACAAGAAGAGCGGAGAUGUGGUAGCCCCACGAGGCUGGCCCUUGUCGCUGGGAAACAGCGGGGUGAUCCUUCACCUGGGCGAGUUGGACCCCACUCUGCUGAGAAACCGCGACUCAUACAUUUGCGUGCGGGGCGGCAGAGGCAUCGACGUCGAGCUCGCCCUCUUCUGGAAGUGGGAGGCAGUCUUGAGCAGUCGAACACUCGCUGUAACGUCGCCAAACUCUGUUAUAGAGACGCCCGUCGCGUUGGAGAUGGCUGCCGCUGACGACGGUAAUGAUUUGCCCGGCCUCCUUCAGAGCCUGUUGGUGUCUGUCGAGAGGGCCAUCGAGCGAGUGCCUCUCGACGCCUUGGCGUUCCCGUGUCCUCGGUGUCGCGACGAGGAUGUGCUCCCAGAGGACACAGGUGUGGUGUGCGCUUGUCAGUGUGUGUGCCAGCAACAGAAUCAAGUGGAGAAGAAGGACACUUCCAUACAGACCAGUCCCAUGUUCGAAUUUGUGGGUUCGAUACCGCACAUUGACAGUGAUGAGGAGACUGACGCUACUAGCGAACCUGAUGGAAGAAUAAGGAACUAUGACAUGACGUCAAGAGAUGCGGCGACAAAACAGGAAGUAGAACUGACGUCACCGAAGAGCAUCGCGGAAUUGCCCGAGAAAUUGCUUAUGUCUGGAAUCCAACUGCCUGGUACCUGCGACCUAAAAGGACGUCCGUUGGUCAUAUUCGAUGCCACAAACGUCGCAAAAGCUUCCCUCGACAGCCACCAGAUCGCGUCCGUGCUGUUGUACUACGCUUCAUUGCCGAGGUCAGAGAAAUUAAAGGAUGGUUUUGCUGUGUUGGUCCUCUCUGCUGAGCCUGAAGAGACAGCACUUGACCUUCUGGAUAAAGCUCUAUCUCUUGUGGAAGUACACAUGAAGAUUGGCCGCGUGCUCCUCUGGCAGCCGACUUCGGUCACUGACAGACUGCAGCAGAGAUACAGUGUGUUGGGGACCAGUGGCCUCAAGUGUCAUGUCGUAACCGAUGAGAGAGACUUGCAUCAAUACAUUUCAGAAGAUCAGGCUCCUGUGAAUUGUGGGGGACGCUUGUCUCAUGAUCAGUUAGAGUGGGUUGAAUUUUACAAGGAAGUGGAGCCCUUCCUUGCACAGUGCCACAUGUGUGGCCGCCGUCUAGUGGCCAUCAUGUCAGAGCUGAGGUCCAUGGAGGGCCAGAGCCAAGUGACGCGGCGCCAGCUCCACCACCAACACCGGGCACUAACCCGGGCCCUCAAUGACCCUGAUCUUCAACGUCUUCGCCGUGAAGGAAAGGACACUCUCACUAGACUCGAGGAGAGGGCCCAGUGGUUACCAACCAGUGAGGAUGUCAGGCUGUCUUCUGAGAGAGCACAGCGUCUCUUUAUUGAGGUAGAUCGUGCUGCUCACCGAUUGGAACAGUUGGCAGAAGGACGUCGGGAGCGACUGCGAGAUCUGGCUAGGGUGCGUGCUUUGGAGGAUGAGACAGCCCAGGUCCUGUCGUGGUUGUGCAAGAAAGGGGAGGAGACCCUCAAGAGGCACUCGGAAAUUGCUACCAACCUCCCGGCAAUAAAAGAGCAAGAACAAGAUUUCGAAAAGUUUUAUUUCAUCUCCAUGCGCCACUUGGACAAAGGCGGCGACUUGCUUGAGGAGGCGGGUCAGUCCGGGAAUGAUGCACGGAAUUCGGGAACCAGUUCCGGUUCCUCGGGACUUAAGGAACUUGCGCGCUCCCUGAAGCAGCACCUCCGGGGGUUCAGUGAGCGUCUGGAGGACACCCGAGAGCGUCUUGAGGACACAUCCCGCUGCUUCUACCUGCUGGACAAGGCAUAUGAAUGGGCUUUGGAGACAUCAAAGUACAUGUCUCGUGUGAAGGCAGAUGAAGCACAGACACCUGAACAGACUGUACAGGUCCUGAAGCGCAUACAGCAGUAUCUGAUGGCCCACCCACCCAUUGCUGACGAUCACUUCACGGAGAUGGUGCAACUGGCUCGCAAACUGAACAAUGAGAAGAUGGUCGAGCAGGCAAAGGUGGCUCAAGGCAGGUGUCAGGAAACAAUGGAGCUGAUCCGAGCCCAGCAGUCGCGAUUGGUGCAAGCCAGACGGCAGCAGGAUGGAUUUGAUGGGGAUGAGAGCUUCUUAAGCUGCUUAGACAGAUCUUGCAUUAGGCCUUUGAGUCCAAGAUCAAUCCAUCAAGGCUGGAGUUCAUCUGGUGGAGCUACAAGCACUCCAACCGGAGGAACUGGUGGUGUAGGUCGUCGGCGCUCAGUAGGUUCAUUUCCAUAUAUAUACAAGUGUAACCAUCAUGCAGCAGGACAUGCGUGCUCAUGCUGGGACCCUGUGCCAUCGUCUGUUCUGGAGGAGUCCCAGGAUUGUUGUUGUAAUAGUGCGGGAUCCAGGCCAAACAACUUGGGGAACAUUCGGGAAGUGCGUGAAAGUGCUGAGGACCUUCUUGACAAUGAUGCUGAUGACCUGGAAAAGGGUGAAGAUGGUGUUUGUGUGAGGUGUGGUAAUCCGUCUGUAUUGGACCAGAGGUGUGACAGUAAUGGCACAAGGCACGUGCUGAGGAAGCACCUGCAUCGUUCUUGCACGUGGCAAUAUCCAACAGAAACCUUUGAUGAAGAUCCCUUAUGCAGUGGGGGUAGUGACAGUGGUACGAAACUGUGCAGCUCAAAUGAUGACCAUAAGUAUGAUUAUGUCACGGACAAUUCUGGAGAUAACACCACUGAAAGCAGUGAUGGCUUCCCUAAAAGUGGUGAUGAUCUUGAAGAGCACGAUGGUUCUGGCACCAGCAGCAAGCCUGUUCCACCAGUUCCUGUCAAUAGCCAUCUACACUGCCGUGCAUCCAACUUGGAUCUGGCUGUAGCAGCCCCAGGGAGCAAGGAACUCAAAACACAAAAGACGUUGCUGUUAAUUAUGAGGGAGAUGAUUCAGACUGAACGGGAUUAUGUGAAAUCUUUGGAAUACAUAAUCGAGAAUUACAUUCCUGAGUUGCUAAGGGAAGAUAUUCCUCAAGCUCUUCGAGGCCAACGUAAUGUUAUUUUUGGAAAUGUGGAGAAGAUAUAUGAAUUCCAUAGACAGUAUUUCUUGCAAGAACUGGAGAAAUGUGAGAAUAGUCCACUUCUGGUUGGCCAGUAUUUUCUUCGUCAUGAAAAGAAGUUCUACUUGUAUGCUCUUUACAACAAAAAUAAACCAAAAUCUGAUUCACUGAUGUCAGAAUAUGGAACAUCGUUCUUCAAGACAAAACAGGUGGAGCUGGGAGACAAGAUGGAUCUGGCUAGUUACUUAUUGAAACCUGUGCAGCGAAUGGGCAAGUACGCUCUGUUGCUGCAACAGCUUAUGAAGGCUUACCCUGACAAGGAAGUGGAUGUCACAGACAUCAGAGCUGCAGAGCAGAUGGUGCGCUUUCAGCUUCGCCAUGGCAACGAUCUCCUUGCCAUGGAUUCUCUAAGGGACUGUGACGUAAAUGUCAAGGAACAAGGAAGGCUGCUUCGGCAAAAUGAAUUUCUAGUCUGGCAAGGAAAGGGAAAGAAGUGCCUUCGUCAUGUCUUUCUAUUUGAAGAGUUGAUCUUAUUCAGUAAAGCUCGAAGAUUCCCAGAUAGGAAGAAUCUCGAUUUGUACAUAUAUAAAAAUAGCAUCAAGAUGACAGAUAUUGGACUUACAGCAAAAAUAGGAGACAGCACAACGAAGUUUGAAAUUUGGUUCCGCAAAAGGAAGCCAAAUGACACAUUCACUUUGCAGUCUAUGUCUGAAGAAAUUAAACAAGUUUGGACAGAAGAAAUCUCAAAAUUACUUUGGAAGCAGGCGCUGAGAAAUAGAGAAAUGCGCCUCGCUGAAAUGUCUUCGAUGGGGAUUGGAAACAAACCCUGCCUAGACAUAAGACCAAGUGCUGACCAGAUAAGUGAUAGGUCGAUCAGCAUUGCACAACUGAGCAAAACUGCCCCGCGGUUCCGCAACUCAAUCACGGUGUCGUCAGGAGAGCUCUUACGUAGCCACAAGCGACCUCACUCCAUAAUUUCUGUGAGCAGUUCUUCUUCUGGUGGCAGCAGCAGCAGCACCACCAGUCACUCCUCUGCUUCAGGAUAUGGACCUCUUAUCAACCUGGGCUUUGACCCAGCAGACAGUCCUCAGACUCAUCAUCGGUCCACCACUCUCAAUAGUCAGUGCUCUGUGGAAAGUGGAAUCAUAGCAGAUAUCUCAUUGGGAUCUGAAGAUACAGAUGGCAGUGGUAGCCACUGGCAUGUUGAAAGAUCAAACAGCUCGGUGACAUCAGCAUCUUUGGAUUCUUCUAUGUCUCCGACUUCCCCAGUUUCCCCCACUGAAGAGGAAAAGGGUUGCCUCACUCCAGGCCAGAGCAAGGACAACAGUUCAGCACAAGACUUGGAAAGGGACCAGGAGGAUUUAACAAUUAAACUCUAAUAAGUAGUGUAUACAAUAAAGAGACAAUUAAUACUCAAGAUCUGAAAGUUCAUAUUUACCUGAUAUUGCAAAUUGAUUUAACUAUAAGCAAGGUAAAUGUAGCACCUAAAGAUAAAUUUCCCUUUAGGUUCCAUGUUCCCAACCUCAUUAGUCCACAUAUUCUGGUAAAAAUCUGUAAAGAGUCCUUUUAUCUGACGUAACCAACUUUCCGAUUAUACAUUAUCUGCAAAAUCUCUCAAAAUGUUUCUAUAUAUUUUCAUACAACGUGAAGUAAAGGAGAUUAAUUCAAUAUUUUGCACAACUCGCCUUCCAUAUAUCUUCUAUUUACAUAUGAAUAUAUGUUAUUUAAUUUGCAUAGAUAAUAGUGUUCUGCAUGAAAUGGGGAUUUCAUUAAAUAGGAAGAUGGCAUGACCAUUUUGAAAAUAGUACAUAAUCCAGGUGCACUGCAAAUUUUACCAGUCUUACUGCUUUUGUGCUAGAAAUUAUAAAUCUCCAUCAAUCCAUGCAAAGAAACAGUCUCUAAAAACAGAGAAGUCAGGCUUGACGUAGUUGAAGGAUACUUGUGUCACAGGUUGGGAACAACUGAUGCAGCUUACAUAUCAUCAAGCAUGCUUUAUAACACUGGAGAAAUAACAUAAGAGCAGUCAAUGAUAUUUUAAGUCAUUAAUCAUUGGUUCAUAGAAGUAUUUAAGUAGAGUUUCUUUAUCAUACAGAAUAUCCAAGAAACAUAGACCCACAACUGAUUUAUGUAUAUAUGUUUAUGGUAGCUUCCCCAUACCAUGUACAAUAUAUUAUAGAUGCAGUAUUUAUUGUGUUUAAUUGAUAUGUGAGAAAGUGCGAUUUUGCCCCAUACCACUGAUGUGUCUUUAUGUUAUAGAAUGGAAUAUCUGGUCAUUAAGCUGACCAAACUGAUAUUUAAUAUAUUAUAGUUGACAUAUAUUACAAAUUACCAAGAUGUGUUUAAUGGUGACAACAUGCAGAUGUCAAUACAGCUUGUUAAAACAGUUGUUAACUGCUUUGACAAUUGUGUAUUAGCUUGAAGCAUUGAAUUUUGUAUUUUUUACUAAUAAAGUGUAUUAUAUUGUAA